CUCUGUGUAUGUAAAGUAAGAAACCCUGCAAAAUAUACAGCAGUGGGUGCAGAAAAUCCAGUCUCAGAUCCCGAUAUACUGCAUCUCUCUUACACCAUUAACGAGAUACAAGCAAAAAUCUCUCUCUCUCUCUCUCUCUCUCUCUCUCUCUCUUCCAUUAAAAACACUCUCAAAGCAAAAGGCUCUUUCUUUGUGGUCCUUGAUGCUCAUUUCUUUAUACAUAUAUACAGCUUUCCUUUUGUAGGUUUGUACAUAUAUUUGCUUUUGGGGGGUGAGAUUGUGUUAUAGGCCUUUGUGGUUCAAAGAAAUGCAAGACAUGAUGAGUAGUGGUGGUGCAAUUGGACGGCUUAGCAGCGGCGGAGAAGUGGCUAUUUCCGGUGACCAGAACCGUCAGCUGAAGGCUGAGAUAGCUGUUCAUCCGCUUUGUGAGCAGCUUCUAGCGGCUCAUGUUUCUUGUCUCCGUGUGGCUACACCAAUCGACCAGUUGCCUUUGAUUGAUGCUCAGUUAGCACAGUCUCAUAAUCUUCUUAGGUCAUAUGCUUCUCAGUAUCACCAACAGGGCCAUUCGUUAUCUCCCCAUGAAAGACAGGAGCUUGAAAACUUCUUGGCACAAUAUUUGGUAGUGCUGUGUACUUUCAAAGAACAGCUUCAACAACAUGUCAGAGUCCACGCCGUAGAAGCUGUUAUGGCUUGCCGUGAAAUUGAAAAUAACUUACAAGCUCUUACUGGAGUUAGCUUGGGGGAGGGUACAGGUGCAACAAUGUCAGACGAUGAGGAUGAGAUGCAGAUGGAUUUUUCUUUGGAUCAAUCCGGCAGGGAAGGGCAUGACUUAAUGGGUUUUGGUCCCUUAAUUCCUACUGAAUCCGAAAGGUCCUUGAUGGAGAGGGUCCGUCAGGAGCUCAAGAUUGAACUCAAACAGGGUUUCAAAUCAAGAAUUGAGGACGUCAGGGAGGAGAUUUUAAGAAAAAGAAGGGCUGGGAAAUUACCAGGUGACACAACCACUGUGCUCAAAAACUGGUGGCAGCAACACUCAAAGUGGCCAUACCCGACUGAAGAUGAUAAGGUCAAACUUGUGGAGGAAACAGGAUUGCAGCUAAAGCAAAUCAACAACUGGUUCAUCAAUCAAAGGAAGCGCAACUGGCACACCAACUCUCAAUCUGUCACCUCCUUGAAGUCGAAACGGAAAAGGUAGACGCACAAAUGAUAAAUGGAGAAGAUGAUCGUUUCAUCAUGUUGAUGUGAAUCUCUUGGGGGUAAAUAGCUGUGGGCUUAUGUAAGUGUAAUAGAUUUGAGUAUCAUAUGGCUUACAUGUAAGUAGAGAUUUAAAUUGCGGUUGUGGUCAUAUUUUCGGUUGCGUUGCAUUUAUCGUGAUUACGGACAUAGCGGACGUUAUUGUGGUGAUUGAGGGUAUCACGAUAUGCGAUAACAGUUGAAGACCACACCACUACUGCUAUAUAACGGGUGCUAUUACGAGCGUACCUCUGUUUAAAUCUCUGUAUGUAAGUGUGUAGAUUCAAGUUUCUAACAAAGUAAGCAUACUACUACCUGCCUGACCUCAUUUUCUUUGGA